AUGCCGAAAUUAGUAGAUAUUUUAGCCGUCAAAGACGUUACCAGGGUGCACCACGGGGAGGUAUAUUAUCGCACCCCCCUGUAUCUAAUAUAUUCUUUGAUCUUUUCCUUUUAUGUGCCUGUUGGGAAACAUAAAAUCGCCUUUGACGGAGAAGUAACAGCUAUCAAUGAGGUACUGACGCAGCUCAUUCCAGGACACCUCUACAAAAAGGUUGUUAUUCUCUCUGAUUCCAAAGCUGCCAUAGAGGCCAUUGCCUAUAAGGAAAUGCCCAUAUCAAAGGAUAUACAAGAUUGUCGGGCCCUCUUGGAGAAACUGAAGAUCGAUGGUCGUCAAGUUAGUCUGCAAUGGAUCCCAGGACAUAGCGAUAUCUACGGCAAUGAACAAGCUGAUAUGUAG